UUGUGGAUGAUUUCCGGUCGAACCCUCACCGCAUCUCCGGUUCGAUGGUCCAAAACUGAACACGGCAACGUCGCCUCUCUUCCUCUCACUUCUCAUCCCAUCAUCGGCCCGCUCGGUCCCCAAUUCCCUCCAUCCUUCCUAGGAAGUUGUCCAUGGCUGGAGUUCUCCCCUCGGCUCCAUCCGCUCCCUUCCAGAUGCCUCCGCCGACUCGCAGAGGAUCCGUCCGGCGACGAACGGUCCUCUACGCCGAGCUUAGCGGUACCCCCUCUGCCAUUGGCUCCGUGGAGGCCAGCGUCGAUCCGUCGCCUUACCCCACGCUCUCUCCUCCUCCUGGUUUUAAACCGCCAGAGCCUAAGAGAUUCGCCAUUCGCCCCGACAAGCUUCUCGACAUUUUCUCGGCGGCUCUUGCUUUGCCCUUCCGCCUUGGCACUGGAGCUUUUGCUCUAGGAUAUUCUGUAUCCUUGGUUUCUGAGGAUAAAAUCCCAUCAGACCAAUAUGCUAUGGGUAUUGCAGGUCUGAAGUUGAAAGAGACAUCAAAACUGGGUCCCCGCCCUGAGAAGCCUAUUGAGAUUUAUGAGUUUGAAAGUUGCCCAUUCUGUCGGAAGGUAAGGGAAAUUCUCAGCAUACUGUCUCUUGAUGUUCUGUAUUAUCCUUGCCCAAGGAAUGGUCCAAAUUUCCGACCCAAAGUUCUACAGAUGGGUGGGAAGCAGCAGUUCCCCUAUAUGGUGGAUCCAAACACAGGUGUCUCCAUGUAUGAAUCAAAUGACAUUAUAAAGUACUUGGUUGACAAAUAUGGUGAUGGAACCAUCCCUUUUAUGUUAUCCCUUGGUCUGUUAACUACUUUGACCGAAGGAUUUGCGAUGAUCGGUCGCAUGGGAAAGGGUUCUUUCUAUACCCCAUCAAAACUCCCACCUUUGCCCCUUGAAUUAUGGGCUUAUGAGCCUUCCCCCUAUUGUAAGCUUGUUCGGGAGGUUCUAGUUGAAUUGGAGUUGCCACACAUACUGCACAGCACUCCUCGGGGUAGCCCAACAAGACAGGAGUUAUAUGAGAAAGUUGGAAUUUUUCAGGUACCUUACCUGGAGGAUCAUAAUACUGGAGUGAAGAUGUUCGAAAGUGCAGAAAUAAUCGAGUAUCUUAGGGCGGUAUAUGCUACGUAAGAAUCACGAAUUUUGAUGAGCCAUCUCAACGUUGCCGAAUUUUUCAAAUUUUUUUAAAAAAAUCGAUAGGCAGUUGCAGGUGGAGUUGUGUAUGCAUCGCACAAAUUACGUCUUUGAUUUAAGAAUAUAGUACCUUUAGAAUAUGGAACAGUUUUCAUUAUAUGUUUAUAAAUUAAAAUAUGAAAUAAUCUUCAUUACAAUAUUUGCAUUA